CUUCCGCUCGCUCUCUCUCUCUCGCCACUGAUUCUAACUGAUUCCUUCCUUUCUCUUUCUCUCUCUCCCUUCUUCCCUUUCUGAAAAUCUCAUCCUCAAAAUAUCAAAUUCGCAGCAUUUUCUCCUCCCUCGACUCGAUCUCAAGAUCCCAUACCAGCAAAAGCCACAUAAUCGACUGCAAUCCAAAACCGAAAUUUUCGAUUUUUUUCUGUAUUUUCUAGAUGUUUUUGAUGAGAUUGAAGGGAGAAAUCUCGCUCAGAAAUGAGGAAGAGAAGGAAAACGAUCGGAAUCCUCAGCAGCAGCAACUGUAUGCGAUCUCCGCUGCAGGAUUUCCGCCACAGCAGAAGCUCGUUGUGGGAUACGCUCUGACGUCGAAGAAGGCGAAGAGCUUCUUGCAACCUAAGCUCGAGGGAUUGGCUCGGAAGAAGGGGAUCUUAUUUGUUGCGAUCGACCACAACAGGCCUCUUUCAGAUCAAGGUCCUUUCGACAUUGUUUUACAUAAGUUGUCAGGAAAGGAGUGGCGCCAGAUUCUCGAGGAUUACCGGCUAAAGCAUCCUGAAGUUACAGUCCUUGACCCACCAGAUGCUAUACAGCAUGUGCACAACCGCCAAUCGAUGCUCCAGGAUGUGGCUGAUUUGAACUUAUCCGACUGCUAUGGAAAAGUUGGUGUUCCUAGGCAACUUGUCAUCACCAAAGACCCAUCAUCUAUUCCUGAUGCGGUGACUAAAGCGGGGCUAACACUACCCUUAGUUGCAAAACCAUUGGUUGUGGAUGGAAGUGCAAAAUCACAUGAACUCUCUCUUGCAUACGAUCAGUUCGCCCUAUCAAAACUCGAUCCUCCCUUGGUACUACAGGAGUUUGUUAAUCAUGGUGGUCUUCUGUUUAAGGUUUAUAUUGUUGGCGAAGCUAUAAAGGUUGUUCGACGGUUUUCCCUACCUGAUGUCAAUAAACAUGAACUUUUGAAUAACGGAGGUGUCUAUCAGUUUCCAAGGGUUUCUUGUGCGGCAGCUUGUGCCGAUGGUGCAGAUCUUGACCCAAGUGUUGCAGAGCUUCCACCACGACCUUUGCUCGAGAGGCUUGCAAAGGAGCUACGUCGUAAACUGGGACUACGACUGUUCAACCUCGAUAUAAUCCGAGAGCUUGGUACCAGAGACCGUUUUUAUGUCAUUGACAUCAACUACUUCCCUGGGUAUGGGAAGAUGCCGGAAUACGAGCACAUAUUUACAGACUUCCUCCUAAGCCUGGUUCAAGGCAAUUAUAAAAGACGUCCUGUGAAUAACAGCUGAAGGUGCGGUGGCAGGCACUUUUGACUUGCAAAUAGCGUGCUGACCUUCUAAAUCCCAAAAGAGGGUUUUACCCAUAUAUGCCUUGAAUUCCAUGUACAAACACUUGUAUGAUCUGUGCUUGCAGCUGAGAGAGGUAAUGUAGCUGCUGCUGUAAUUAUUUCUGGCAUGGCAUGACUCUUUCUAAGCUUCUUUAUCAUGUACACAAGCUUGUCCAAUAACAAAGAAACUUUUUAUC